AUGAUGUUUCGGUCAGCUACGAAGAGGAUUGCCCACAGCUCUACGCUGCCUGCGCUUGGAGGCAAUAAGGAUCUGCGCACGUUACAAGACCUCAUCAUAGCCGAGAAGGCAGUGCUCAAUUCGUUACAGAAGCUGAGCAUAGACAUUACAAAAGCAUCGGAAGCAUUGAGGACAUGGGGCUCGGGAGAGGGUGACGAUCUCGGGGACGUCCUGAUUGCCUCAUGCGCCAUGUCUCAAUACUUUGCGGAUGCUCUCGUAGCAUAUGCCAACCACGAGAUGUCCGUGCGAGACCAUAUGAAAUCUGUUCGCACGCGAGAGGAACGACUUGACGACUUGCGUCGUCGUCGCAAGUCUGUCGCUGCGGAUGCGGAAUCGGCGGAGCGAAAGCUCGGCAAGAUGGGUCCCGAUAACAAGAACUUGCAGACGCAAACCGAUCUUCUCAACAAGCUCCGAGACGAAAUUCGUAUCAUGGAUACGGACAUCAUGGCGGAGGAAGCAAGCCUGGGCGACUACAAGCGCUCUAGUGCAAAGGCUUGGAUGGGUUUGAAGUUCGGUGGGUUGGUUGAGUGUUCGGAAAAAGGCACUAUUGUAGGCGAGUUUGGCAAGCUCGCCAUCAUGGAAAUUCCAAUGGAGACCACAGAGCCCGGCCUGCCUCGAGCAUAUUACCAGGGGCAUGCAAGGACAGAUUCCUUAGUGUCCGAAGCACGAAGGGCCCUCAACCAAGUGGUCUUCUCACCUGAUCCCAAGCCCGAGAAUCUGCGUCAAAUCGGGCGCGGAUUUCCUAGCCCGGAGUUGCCUGCUGUUCCCCCAUACGAUCCGAGGCAAUCCAUAAUAACCCAGUUUCCUCUAGGAGGCGAAAGCAGCCGGCGAGCGUCCAUGUCGAUGUCGUCCAUGUCAAUGCCACCAGGGGAUGACAAGCAAUGGGAGACUACAUCUGCGCGGAACAGUCAGGUGCUUAGGUCACCGCAGCUCUCGACAUAUUCUGCAAUUCCCCAACCAUCAUCUCCUUUCGCCCAAGCUAGUCGCCAGUCUCUCGUACACGAGCCUUCGCAAUCGCCACAAGUGCCUUUGGCGGCGCCACCCCCAGAGGAUGCAGACGAGUUUGGUGUAGCCUUGUCGGAUCCCUACGGUCCCCGCAUGACCGAGAGAAGGCGAGCGGUCCGCGAGGCACCCGAUUUGCAACGUUCCCUGUGA